AUGGAUACUCUCACAGCAUCCGUGUCAUCCUUCAACCUCCCUUCUCUCCCUCCACAACCGCAACCACCGCUUAGAUCCAUCUCCCGCCGCUUUAAAUCCACCGUCAACGCAACCGCUUCUGCUGCAUCUACCAACCUCUCAAGACCUACUUCAUCUUCAUACUCCCACAACAAAAACUCUACUUUCCCCAGUGGAAUCUCGCCACCGCUUCCGAAAGCUGAACCCUCGAGAGCUCCAUCGCCUCCGUCUCCUCCGGUGCACGAGAAGGCGGCGUCUGGAUUUGCUGCUGCGCUCGUUAGCGUUUGUCAAUCGAAGAAUUGUCUUGGUCGGACUCAAGAAGAUGUCAGAAGGUUGAUGGAGUUUCUUGUGGGAGAAGAGAAGAAGAGGAACAACAAGGUCUUAGUCAAUGACGUUGUUGAGAGAGGCAAAUUCGGUAAACACUUGAAGGGCUUGGUCAAGAUGUUGGUUACAAGAGGUAAAUCAGGGAUUUUGACUGAUGUUUUAAUGGAGUUUGAGAGAAUCUGUAAUGAAUUGGUUGUUGUUGGUAAGACAAAACUUGUCUGGGUUACUUGA